GUCGCAGUCACGAUAAUUUGAUAAUUUCUCUUCCACACCCUUCUCUCCUAUCUAUAAAGCAAACCCAUCUCAUCCUCUCAUUCCCCGUCUCGCUGAUUCACUCAUCGCUCAGAAUUUCAAUUCCCUCCAUCGCCGAGUUCGUUCGAGCAAUUUUUCCUUUGUGGGUUUUGUAGAAAUUGGGUUAUAGGAGAAGGGGAUUCUCCGGGAAAAGAGAAGGAGAAACAAGAAGAGCUGUUUGGUGGGAUAAAACCCGGUGUGGACGCGUUGUAGACAUCACGGCUAUUCUCAGAGUAUUUCGGCCUCUCAUUCAUGUCCGAGCUGUACGACGUAAGGGUUGUUUAACUGCAGCUUGCAACCCUUCGCCGCACGGCGGGCGUGGUGCUUUGCCGUCUGAAGGUGGUAGCCCUUCUGACCUCCUCUUCCUUGCUGGUGGCGGUGCUUCUUUCGUUUUUGUCUCAUCUUUAGUCUAAUAUUAGCUUAGAGUUUUCUAGUUGUUAGACAUAUUAAGCUAAAGCUACUGAAGUCUGUGAGAUCGAACUUGUUGAAGCUGUUUUUUAUUGUUGGGUUUGGCUGUUUUUAUUUUUCUGGGAAAAAGGGGGGGGGGGAAAAAAAAAACAGAAGCCAAAAUGUUGAGCAUCAAAAGAGUUCCCACCGUUGUUUCUAAUUAUCAAAAAGAGGAGGGAGGAGAGGCUACGCGCCGUGCAGGUGGCUGUGGCCGUAAUUGCCUGAAAAGUUGUUGCAUUCAAGAUGCAAAGCUUCCUUUGUAUGCCUUCAAAAAGGCUAACAAGGUCGUUGGAAAGGAUGAAGGCAAGGAAGCCCCCGUGGCCUUUCUGGAUUCACUGAUACUUGGGGAGUGGGAAGAUCGCAUGCAGAGAGGGCUUUUCCGCUAUGAUGUAACUGCCUGUGAAACCAAGGUGAUUCCAGGAGAGUAUGGUUUCAUUGCCCAGCUGAAUGAGGGUCGCCAUCUCAAGAAGCGACCAACUGAGUUCCGCGUUGAUAAGGUCCUCCAGCCCUUUGAUGAAAACAAGUUUAACUUCACAAAAGUUGGGCAAGAAGAGGUUCUGUUUCAAUUUGAAGCUAGUGAUGAUGGUGAAAUCCAGUUUUUACCAAAUGCGCCCAUUGAUGUGGAGGAUUCUCCUAAUCUUGUUGCCAUCAAUGUCAGUCCUAUUGAAUAUGGGCAUGUACUGCUGAUUCCUCAUAUCUUUGAAUGUUUGCCACAAAGGAUUGAUCGUGACAGCUUCUUGAUUGCCCUACACAUGGCCGCAGAAGCAGGAAAUCCAUAUUUCCGAUUGGGCUACAACAGUCUGGGUGCAUUUGCAACUAUUAACCACCUUCAUUUCCAGGCAUACUAUUUGGCUGUUCCUUUUCCCAUUGAGAAGGCUCCUACUAAGAAAAUAACCAAAUCAAAUGGUGGUGUGAAGAUAUCUGAAUUGCUGAAGUAUCCAGUCCGAGGCCUUGUGUUCGAGGGUGGCGAUACACUAGAAGAUCUGGCCGACACUGUUUCAGACGCCUUUAUCUGCCUUCAAGAUAAUAACAUACCUUACAAUGUUCUUAUUUCUGACUGCGGAAGGCAAAUCUUUCUCUUACCACAGUGCUAUGCAGAGAAACAAGCUCUCGGAGAAGUAAGUGCUGAGCUUCUGGAUACCCAAGUGAAUCCUGCCGUGUGGGAAAUCAGUGGGCACAUGGUGCUGAAGAGGAAGAAGGACUAUGAUGAGGCAUCUGAAGCAAAUGCUUGGAGGCUUCUUGCAGAGGUCUCCCUUUCAGAAGAGAGGUUUCGUGAAGUCAAUGCUCUGAUUUUCUCAGCCAUUAGUGCCUCUCAUAAGGUGGAUAUUGAGCCUCAGUUUCUCCAUGAAGCUAAUGCAGUUAGCUCAACUUCCCACCCGGCUCUGGUGGCUGGUUCACAGGAGUGUCUUGUUCUGCAGUGACAAGGAUCCAGCGACUUCUGUGGCACAGAUUUCAUGGAUAAAAUCGUGGUGCUUUCUGUAGUAAACUGCUAUGUUGUGGUGUUUCAGUUUAAAACAGUACCUUACUGGUAUGUUUGUAGUUGCUUGAAUCAGCAGGGACCUAGUUUCUGUUCUGGUACUGUGAGGGUUUAGGUUCCCAAAGAUACGGUAUUAUGUGUGUUCUGAUUUUAAGUAAAUUAGUGGUGUGCUGGUAUGCGGUACUUCACGGCCCGUUUAAAACUACAUUGUAAUGAAUAACUCCUCCUGGGAGCUUAUUAGCUUAUUAGUUUCUGAUUAUGUGUAUGAUAAUGUCUAUUUACCAAUAAAAAAAUGUAAUUUAUAUUUUAAGAAUA